AUGGCAUUAAACCUUCCGAACGAAAUUCUUUCAAAGAUUGCAGGCAUAGCCGAUAAAAAUGACCUACUUAAUUACGCACAAGUUUGCAAACAGUGGAAAGAAGUUUUCCUAGACGCUUAUUGGCAUACGACAAAACUCAAGCCUAAUACUAUGGAAUAUAUAUAUAAUGAAACCGAGCACGACAACAUCUGUCUCAAGAAUGCACACCGGGUGUGGAAAUUAAUUAUAAAAUAUGUAAAAGUAAACGAUAUAGAGGAGACUGAGUGCGUUUCCCGGCUGCAGACAAUCUUUAGUGGGAUAAAACAUCUCGAAUACACUGAAGAUACCUUAGAGUAUGCAUAUUUAUGUUUAAAUGACUGGAGUCCUUGGACCUUAUUGUCGCACUUGAAAAUAACUUGUUUAUACCAGGACGCUGAGCAACUAACGUGGCUUUUUGAAGGCUUAUCAAAAUUGCCCAGCCUCACUCACCUUACACUGAAUUCAAAACCUUUAUACACAUACGAUAUUGAGUAUGAUGACGACGACGAAGAAGAUGAAAGUGUACCAUGGCUCGUAAUUGAAUCAAUGCAUAAUUUUAUCCCAAAGUUAGAAUAUCUAGACUCUAAUCCAGCCUUCAGACCAAUACCAAACGACGACAUUGAAAAAAUAAGACACAUUACUCCAGCACAUACUAUCACAAGCAUAGGUUAUAAUUAUGAUUUUCUUGAUGCUUCCUGGAUAUUUUACCUUGCACUCAAGUACCCAAAUCUAUGCAGUAUCGUAUUUUUCGACAGUGACAAAAAGAACGCAAAGGAUUCAAUAGUUUACAGUCGAAAUAGACAUCAAGAAGAUAUUCAAUUGCUAGCCACGCUUGAUCAAUUCUUUCCUUGUUUGACAUCAGUAAAUACACUCACAGGAUCGCACAACGGAUGGCCAUUCUCGAUAUUCUACGAUACUCUCCGUAAUUUUGGCGUUAAUCCAGAGAGCGUUACAGUGAAUAUUCUCAAAGGGGGGGAACAGAGUAUAUAUAGCCACAACAGAUGUUUACUGCCUAUAUCAGAAUCACUAAAGAUUUCGAAGCAGAGUUUGGACUUUCCUCGAUUUAAAAUGCCAAUUAGUAACUAUAUAUCCUCGUAUCCAAACCUAUUUGAAUUACAUUAUUAUAGACAAAUGCCCAGCACUACAAGUAUUGAAAAUACAUCGGCCCAAAAUAUGUCUCUCGAAUCACCCAUUGUACCCAACCGUUCACACACUUUAAAAAGACUGGACAUUUCACAUUCUAAGGCCAAUGCACAUGUCUUCAAAUACCUAUCCUCCCGUUGCAAAAACCUUUUGUGGAUCAAAUUAAAUUUCGUUACUUUUGAUGGAUUGCGUUUGAAGAAAACCGGGCAGCUGGUUCUUGAAAUGCCGUUUACACAAUUGAAAACAUUGGUACUUUAUAACAUCAAGUUAAGCUAUGAUUUUGUCAGACAUUUUUGUAUCAAACAAACGGAUAGUACCGAUGAUGAUCAGUUGGAUCCAGACCAUUACCAGGGAGCAGAGCAUUUAAGCUGGUCACACACACACUUGGACAAAACAAACCCAAAUAGCAACAUAUCUUCAUGGCAGCCUUGGAAGCACGACGUCAAAUAUGCUCAAAGAUACUACAGAAGCUUUACCCACAGAAAAGGCUAUGAGAAAAAUUAUGGAAAUGUGGGACAAUAUCGGAAAGGUUAUCUACAAAAAAGAUUUUGGAAGAGAGAUCUUCAGCGGGGCGUUGUAUUAUUUCAUUCUAGAUCUGUCAAAAACUUUUAUUUUUGUGCCAAUAAAGCUACUUGA